UUGGAACUACAAACUUGUCCGAACCGGAAACUACGAGCAGUCACCUUUUUCACGUCGAAUUCGUCGGAACUUUUAUAGGAGAGUUGCGUUCUCUGUCUUGCGAAGUGGCGCGUCCUAACGUUGAGUCUUGCAUGAAACACUGUGGCUGCAGGAGGUGAGGUAUUAAUCGUCAAUAACGAAUACGACUCGAUCUGUUUCAUUACCGUGGGUGUAUAAUGGCUGACUCGUCCUACGAAAAAGGGCUUAGCGAACUAUCGAAAAUGAAGGUAGCUGACUUGAGAGCCGAAUUAAAGCAAAGAGGACUUUCUACUACAGGCAAUAAAAAUGAAUUGGUAGAGAGACUUCAAUUAGCGAUGCAUGGUGAUUCUGCAUUGUCCUUAGAUGAAACUGCAGAAGAGAUUUUAGAUGAAGAUGAAGUACUUGGUGACGAAGAAAUAGAAGAGCUAUCCAGUAAACCAGAUUCACAAGAACUUCCUCCAACCAAUUCCAAGAAGCGGAAGUUGUCCACAGAGAGUAACAACGGUAAUGCGAAAAAGAUAGUAUUGAAUCGCAAGUCCGUUCUCGAGGAAAUCAAGAACGACCAAGUGGAGAAGAAUGAGAACAAAAGUGUAAAAUCUCCUGAGGCUGCCCCAUCUGAAAAAAAGAUUAUCAAAUUAUCGGAACUUGGCGUGAAAGAGAGACUGGAGAUGAGAGCAAAGAAAUUCGGAGUACCGCUGUCUGAAGCUGCAAAGAAGGAAGCUAGAUUAGCUCGAUUCAAUCUCAACAAUCAAAAUAAUAAAUCAGCGGCAUCUAUAAAAACACCUGUGCACACUACGUAUGAAGUAUUGAAGAAGCGCGCAGAGAGAUUUGGCACAUCGGUAUCCACUUUAAUGGAAAAGGCCGAACUGGCUGAACGACUGGAGAAGAGAAAAGCUAGGUUUGGCGAAGUGAAACCUGAAGGCAAAGUUUUUCACAAUAAAUAUAAGAUUGUUAAAUGAUACUCAGUGUUAUAUACCAAAACUACGCUCUAGAUUUUGAUUUCUAACUUAAAUUGUCGUAUUUUCCAAAUAAAGCUAUUAUAUAUAAAAAUAAAUAUAUAUAUAUGUAUA